AUGGUCUCUGACCAAGUGCUCAAACUCGUCCACGAGUCUGAGACUGUCAGCUCCGUUUGGGCGAAAGAUCCUUCACGGGCGCCGAGCGACAUAAUCAAGCAGCUUUAUGGGGAGUUCAAGCGAGAUCGCAAUUGCGAUGGCAGCGAACACAGACAGCCCCCUUCCCAAGAGGCGCAAGAGGCGGCCUUACGGUGCGGCAACUGGGGAUCAACCAAACCAAGUUCUCUCUUCUUGCAGGCCUUUGCCGAUGCUUUGAACUGUUUGGGACCAGAUCCCCUGUCUGGAGUCGUGUCGCCUCCGUUGAUGGGAUCCCAUGGUACAAUGCCACUUACUGUUAUUGCUCCCGUGGCAGACGUUAUCCGACACUGCUCCAAUCUCAUUGCACGAGCUGAGAGAGAAGUAUUCUUCAUAACAUGCGCUUGGUCCCCGUCUGUUGCCCAGCGUCUUUUACGGAACUCACUGAUUGAGUUGUCCAGAAGAUCAGUUGCUCGAGGACAACGCGUAACGGUCAACUUGAUGUAUGACAGUGCGGGACCAUCAAACAUACCAGACUCACACCACAGAGUGAAACCGGAGAACUAUACGUCAAAAUCAGUUGGACUUCCCGGUCCCGACGAAAUUCCCAACGUCGACUUGGAAGUUACAAGCUUGCACACUAUACCGUUGGGCACGCUGCAUGCCAAAUUCUGCGUGGUGGAUCGCAAGAUUGCAGCCGUCAUGAGUAACAACAUGCAGGAUAACGACAAUCUGGAGAUGAUGGUGCAUCUGGAAGGACCGAUUGUUGACAGCAUUCACGAUACCGCCCUGAUAACAUGGUACCGAAACCUGAGGACAUCGGUGCCUUCGCAAAAUCAAGUCCCAGCCUCUGCUGGCGGAUUGCCCACAAACGACCACGAGAGACUGUAUCUGGACCGCUCACCCGGCCAAACAACGAGUAACAUUGCGCUUGCUGGGGAGUCGCAAACUCAGCUUUUGCCACAUACCACAGACGACCCCCUUUAUGACAAGGACUUGACUGGGGAAAUUAUGCGAAUCCAACACACCUAUUCUGUGAAACCCAACGAGAGUCGUCUUCAGGCUGCUAAUCGACAGCUAAACAUACCCGUCAAGAACCCCAUUGAGCCAACUGGUCCCGAAAUUGUUGACGGUGAAGAAAUGACUCCAUACAUCUCUACUACAACACCUACUUCUGUUCCCAUGGCCAUGGUAUCGCGUCCUCCGUACGGUUGCUUUGGCUCUAGUAACGGCUAUGUUCCGCAAAAUGAAGCAUGGCUGUCGCUUAUACGGAAUGCGAGGGAAAAGAUAUUUAUACAAACACCAGACCUGAAUGCAGAGCCUCUUUUGCCAGCAUUAGUGGAAGCUUUGAAGCGUGGAGUUCAAGUUACAUAUUAUGUGUGCUUUGGCUAUAAUGACAUGGGGGAAAUGAUUCCAGGUCAAGGCGGGACCAAUGACCAAGUGUCCAAAUCACUAGUCGACUCUUUGCCGCCUGACGGACCGGAGAGAUCUUUGCUGAGGAUUUACAAUUAUGUGGGAAAGGAUCAAGACCAUCCCAUCCACCACAGCUUCAAAGCUCGCUCAUGCCACAUCAAGCUUCUCAUUGUGGAUGGCAGCGUUGGGAUUCAAGGCAGUGGCAACCAGGAUACGCAGUCGUGGUUCCACAGCCAGGAAGUCAAUGUCAUGGUGGACAGCAAGGAAAUAUGUGCCGAUUGGAUGAAGGGAAUCGACAGAAACCAAAAUACAAGCUUGUUUGGACGGGUAGCCAAGGAUGGUAUCUGGCGAGAUAAAGAUGGGAAUCCUGGUGCGGGAUACAUGGGUGACCCUGGCAAAGUUGAGGGGUUGUUCAAAGGGGUUGUUGGUAUGGUACAAAAGAUGGAAGGAUUGGGCGGAUUUUAG